GACGCGCCGCCCCCUCGCGGAGCCCCGGAGCCUCCGGGCCAGCCUGCGCCCCCGCCGCCCGGGGCUUCGGAACUUGGGGGCAGUGCUGGGCGCCUUUAAUUUACAACGUGUUUCGUUUUCCACAGCAUGGGGAGGGACGCGCGGCUGUGCCAUCGGGAACUGGCGCUCCGGUGAAGUAGGGGCCGCGGGAGCCGCCGGCCGGCCGCCUGCACCGAGCCGUUCCGUGCGGCGGCCGCUCAGCCUCUGCCAUGGCCGGAUCCGGCGCGUGGAAGCGCCUCAAAUCUCUGCUACGGAAGGAUGACGCGCCGCUGUUUCUAAAUGACACCAGCGCCUUCGACUUCUCGGACGAGGUGGGGGACGAGGGGCUUCCUCGGUUUAACAAACUUCGAGUUGUGGUGGCCGACGAUGGUUCUGAAAUCCCAGAAAGGCCUGUUAACGGGGCGCACCCGGCCCUGCAGGCCGACGACGAUUCCUUACUGGACCAGGACUUACCUUUGACCAACAGUCAGCUGAGUCUGAAGGUGGACCCCUGUGACAACUGCAGCAGACAGCGAGAGUUACUGAAGCAGAGAAAGGUGAAAACCAGAUUGACCAUUGCUGCCGUUCUUUACUUGCUUUUCAUGAUUGGAGAACUUGUAGGUGGAUACAUUGCAAACAGCCUAGCAAUCAUGACAGAUGCGCUUCAUAUGUUAACUGACCUAAGUGCUAUCAUACUGACCUUGCUUGCUUUGUGGCUUUCUUCAAAAUCACCAACCAAAAGAUUCACUUUUGGAUUCCACCGCUUAGAGGUUUUAUCAGCUAUGAUUAGUGUGCUGUUGGUGUAUGUACUUAUGGGAUUCCUCCUAUAUGAAGCUGUCCAAAGAACUAUCCAUAUGAAAUAUGAAAUAAAUGGAGAUAUAAUGCUCAUCACUGCAGCGGUUGGAGUUGCUGUUAAUGUAAUAAUGGGUUUUCUGUUGAACCAGUCUGGUCACCACUCCCAUUCCCACUCCCUGCCUUCAAAUUCUCCUACCACAGGUUCUGUGUGUAGACACAACCAUGGGCAGGACAGCCUGGCAGUGAGAGCUGCGUUUGUACAUGCCUUGGGGGAUUUGGUACAGAGUGUUGGUGUACUAAUAGCUGCAUACAUCAUAAGAUUCAAGCCAGAAUACAAGAUUGCUGAUCCCAUCUGUACAUACGUGUUUUCAUUACUUGUGGCUUUUACAACAUUUCGUAUCAUAUGGGACACAAUAGUUAUAAUACUAGAAGGUGUACCAAGCCAUUUGAAUAUAGACUAUAUCAAAGAAGCCUUGAUGAAAAUAGAAGAUGUAUAUUCCGUGGAAGAUUUAAAUAUCUGGUCUCUCACUUCAGGAAAACCGACUGCCAUAGUACACAUACAGCUAAUUCCUGGAAGUUCAUCUAAAUGGGAGGAAGUACAGUCCAAAGCAAAGCAUGUAUUAUUGAACACAUUUGGCAUGUAUAAAUGUACUAUUCAGCUUCAGAGUUACAGGCAAGAAGUGGACAGAACUUGUGCCCAUUGUCAGAGUUCCAGUCCUUAACUUUAUACAUUUUGGGGACUACUGCCUUAUUUAUCCUGCAGUCACAGACCUGAGAGCAAUAAAUGCGCACACCUGAAUGAGACAAUGGAAUCCCUGCCAGCUGUGUCCAUAUCAAGCACAGGUCUCUCAGAACAAUCACUCCAGUGCUAAUUUCUGUUUAAUGGUAAAAUGAGACUUCACCCUGACUUUCAGAGGAAGAUGUUUCCAACACUAUUUACAGAAUAAGAUGUGACUCUACAGAUACCUCAAAGAAGACAAUCCAAGACCACACUUCAUUAAUUAUGACAGAGUACAUGUCUUAAAGGAAGCAUCAAGAAUUCAGUAUUUACAUUUAAAAAUCCUUUUUAAAGAACCAUUUUUUAUCAAGCCAGUGCUGGAAAACUGAAUUUUUUUUUUUAUUAUGUAAUCUUGACAUCCAGCUUCUGGAAUUUGACACCCAGCUCUCUUUUUACAGAAAUUAUUUCUCAGCAGAUUUCAGAAAGUACUAGACGUUAUCCAGAGAGUGGAAUAAGCAUGUAUUCCCAUGUUUCAGAAAUGUUUUAUUUCACAAAUAACUUAAUGUUAUUAUUAUAGUUAUACUUUAUAAACAGUUUUGCCAGAUGUUAUG